UUUGAGAGGGGCAGAAGGUUUAAAUUUUUGAGUGGUAGAUGUUGCGAAAUUCAAAGCGGAAAGGAAAGUUUGUCCAAUGAAGUAUCUUUUAAUAUUCGGAGCAUUAGCAGCCAUAGCUGCAGGGCGUUAUGUUGGCCCAGUCGCGCUUAAUGAGAAUCAGCCGUUUAAGUGUUCAACAGCUGGUGCAUUCCCGCAUCCUACGGAUAAUGCUAAAUUCUAUUAUUGUGUACCAAUCGGAAGUGAAUACCUAUCGACGUUAGUCACUUGUUCACCAGGAUAUACCUUCGAUGGACCAUCUCAGCAAUGUGUGACAAAGUCUGCAAUUGAAUCACGAGAUGGGGAUGCAGAGUCAGUUGUAGAAUUAGCUACAACUGCUGCCGGAGAGUCCACAACUGUUGCAACAGAACUACCCUCAACAGCCGUCCCGUCAACUACAGGAGCACCAGUCAUUACAACUACCAUUCAGGUUAGCUCUACUGGGGAACCAGUGUCAACGACUAGCGAACCAUCUUCAACUGCCGCGACUCAGACGAGUACGGUAGAACCAAUUGUUACAACCACUGUUGAGGCGAGCUCUACUGCGGAAGCAGCGUCAACGACUGGUGCACCAUCUUCAACCGGGCUUCCGGAAGAAACAACCACCAGUAAAACUACUUCCGUGACAGAACUGGAAACAACGACCGUCCCGACAACUACGGCGGAACCAAUCGUUACAACAACCGUUGAGGCGAGUUCUACUGCUGAACCAACUACGACUAACGAGCCAUCUUCAAGUGAGUCUCCGGAAGUAACAAGUACCGUAGAAACUACUGCCGCGACCGAACCUGAAACAACGACCACCCAGUCAACUACGGUCGAACCUACUACGGAACCAGUGUCAACGACUAACGCACCAUCCUCAACCGAACCUCCGGAAGAAACAACUACCGUAGAAACUACUGCCACGACCGAACCUGAAACAACGACCGCCCAGCCAACUACAGUAGAACCUACUACGGAACCAGUGUCAACGACUAAUGAACCAUCUUCAACCGAGUCUCCGGAAGAAACAACUACCAGUGAAACAACCACGACAACUGAACUUGAAACAACGACCACCCAGCCAACUACGGUCGAACCUACUACGGAACUGGUGUCAACGACUAAUGAACCAUCUUCAACGGAGUCUCCAGAAGAAACAACUACCGAGGAAACUACUGCUGCGACCGAACCAGAAACAACGACCGCCCAGCCAACUACGGUCGAACCUACUACGGAACCAGUGUCAACGACUGGUGAACCAUCUUCAACCGAGUCUCCAGAAGAAACAACUACCAGUGAAACUACCACAACAACUGAACCUGAAACAACGACCACCCAGCCAACUACGGAAGAACCAAUCAUUACAACGACUGAGGAACCCUCUUCAACUCCUGAAGACACAACUACCGAGGAGGUAGUCACUGCUGAAACUACUGCUGCCACGGAAACUACCACUGAGGUGGAAACUACAGAAACUACCGAAGAGACGACCACACCAGCUCCUUUUGAAUGUACUCGCACGGGAAUGUUCCCCGAUCCAACCAAUGAGAAAUACUUCUAUGUCUGCAUAUUUGACGGAUUUGGUUACAUCGCCAUAUCCAUGCAAUGUUCAAAGGGAUUAGUAUUCAUUCCAGAUUUGUACAGAUGCGCUGCUCCUGACACCCCGAUUCCGCCACCAGCGCCAAUUGAGUGCAAGUCAGUCGGUUACUACCCAGACCCUCAUGAUUGCCGGACAUAUUAUUACUGCUAUUCAAACUUCAAUGGAGGGUACCUAACCAUUAAAAUGACGUGUCCUCCGAAAACUAACUUCUUCCCUAAAUUGAAAAUUUGUGUGAGUAACAAAGUGUAUAAAUGCAAGCAUAAGAAUGGGGAAUCAACCACUGAUGGUGUGGAUGUCCCGUCCCAGGCUCCGGAGGAAAAACCUUCCUGUAAUCAAGAACACCCCGUAUUCGACUGUCCCAGUGCAGGGCUUCAUCCUGACCCUCAGAACGACCGAAAAUAUUACCAAUGCCAGAUCAAAAACGGAAAGAUUGAAGUUGCUGAAAACUGGUGCCCCUGGGGCUCAAAAUUCUCUCCUUUCUGGGAUAAAUGCAUUGACAGUCAGUGCAACAGUUACUGGUACUGGUGGUGUUAAAAUAACGUAAAACUGUCCGAAAUAUACGAAAAUUACGCACUGAAUUCCGGCUAUUGAACUUGGAGAAGAAGAAUCUCAAAUGGGGUUGACUAUAAACUUUGUAACUUUGUAAAGGGCACCAUUAAUUUCCAGAACCGUUAAGUACUAUAUGUUCUACAUUGUGCAGAUUAUUAACCGAAUUAAAUGGCCUUCCCUGAGUUAGUA